AUGCAUUCAAUCGACCGCAAUCCCAUCGGAGAGCAACAGCCUUUGAGCUCUCAACAAGCACCGCCAUUACCCCAACGGCCUAACGAGCAGUAUCAGGGGUUUGACAUGACCAACCCUGACACUGCCUCUGUUAAAAGCAAGGAGUCAGUCGACACAGCAGUGGAUGUCGAGCAACACUGCCUUCUAUUUCCGACGUAUGCAACUCGUCAUUCACGAUCAGGUUCCAAAGAUCCGCUGGACUGGAAUAUUCGUGUCCGGGGAUGGGCUUACUCAAAGAGAUCCAAUCGACGAAAGCGCCUUGUCAUGAGUAUGGCGAGAAAGUUGGCUGGCGUGACAAAGGAUAACAAGGUCUACGACACGUUAGAGUCACGUUUUGGCAUGUUCCUCGCAAGCAACACGCAGGGUGCCCGGUUUUCGAUUCAAUGUGUUGGCGCUACCAGCACAAGUCAAAUGGAGCUUGCAGGAGACCCCAGCUCUCACGAUCCUACGGUCGACGAUCUCAUGAAUGAGAUGCAUACCUCAGAGGGCGCACUAGCAAUUGCUCAGACUGCCAAGGACAAGCUACUGCUCCGAAAGUCAUUAGAAGAAAACCGUGAACAGGAGUAUCCGGGCAAGUCUCAGGAAGGAUCGCUUGCGAGUAGUCCAUUUCAACCACAACUGCAACAGCAACAACACCCAGCUUCAGCAAUAAGCUCGCCAUACCUUCCCUCAGAUGGUUCGCUAUUGACAAGAGUGACUUCCCCCGAGAGUCAGGAGAGCUCCUUCUCCGGCCGCUGGACCAAAGGCGCCGCCAUUGUCAAAGGGGCUUACAGGAAGUACAAGCCUAUUGUCGUUGCUCAGGUUCAGAGCUCCCUACCAGGCUCGGAGCAGGAGCACACGCGUUCCUUGAUAGUACCGGGAGAGUCCAAUGAUAAUCGCCCAAGCAGUCGGAGUAGCAGUCACCAGGGGAGCUCAAUCUCGGAUUACUCUGGCGAUGAGGCCAGGGCGGAUCUCCCUCCCAGAGCCAGCAGGACGGAUUCGGGAGACACCAUUUUGUCACAGACAGAGACGCAUAGCGAGGAUCUCGGCCAUGGAAUGUUCCCAACAGUUCAGAUUUCUUCUCAACCCGGAGGUCAUUUUGACGGUACGCUUCGGAUAUCGCAUGAGGAUGUUCAGGCGCACCGCAAACAGAGUUCGUUGAAUGAGCUGAGCAGGAGCAAGACCGUCACUGGAAAGAGCGACGAAAGUCACCCGAGGUUCUUGAAACUUCACGCUUAUCAUCCCGACAUGAAGGAGCUUUGUCAUGGUAUCGUCAACUUGGUCGAUCCAGAGGGCAUUUCGAUUAUCUCCGACAUUGACGACACCAUCAAAGAAACCGACAUUGUCGCAGGAGCGCGGAUUAUUCUCCGGAACACUUUCCUAAAUGACAUGAUGGAUGUGCCGGGGAUGGCCAAGGUCUACAAGAACUGGUGGAAGCAAGGAGCGGCGAUUCACUAUGUCUCGAACUCACCCUGGCAGCUGAUCCCAAGUCUGCUCGAGUUCUUCCACAACCACAAGUUUCCUCCUGGUUCGGCGCAUCUUCGUCUGCACGACAGCGUUUUGAAGACGUACUUUAUGGCCCCAGGAGAAAACAAGCGCAAGAGCAUUCGCGAGAUUCUGUUGGACUUUCCAGGCCGCAAGUUCAUCCUGGUCGGCGACAGCGGCGAAAUCGAUAUGGAGAUUUAUACGGAGAUGGCAGUAGAAUUCCCUGAGCAGGUUUUCAGGAUCUUUAUCCGCGACAUCACCUCGGCCAAGCUGAAGGAAGAGUCGGACAAGAUGUCUGCCGCUCCUCCAGCUCGAGCCCGGUCGUUUACGUCAAUGAUUCCCAAGGCACCCAUCACAGCAGUCACCACUGGAUUCGGCUACUUUUCACGGUCUGGCGCUGGCGCUGGCGGCGAAGAGGGAGCCUAUGCAGCAGCAACCGCGGGGGAGAUUUCAGGAGAUGGCAUGUCGGUAGAGAACAGUGCCUCGGCGCAGUCUCAAAAGGCUAACGGUGCUGGACAACAACCACCUCCCAAGCCGCGUCGCGCAAACGUGGCGGCGUCUAACGGAUGCAGCCCACACAGUACUCCGGCUCCAACAUCCCCCGGGUCCCAAUCGCCUAUGAUGCCUGGUGAUUUGGACGAUGAAAUCAUGCCUGGCCAACCCCCCGCAGAGCCUCAAGUUACUAGGACGCCGUAUGAGAUUUGGCAGGACCGUGUUAAACACUGUCAAAGGCAGCUGUUGGAUGGGACUAUGACGUUAUUUGAGAAUGCUUCGGUGCUGGAGGAAGAUCCAAUUGUCAGGGAUAUGCUUCGCCAUUAUGAGAAUCGCCAUUCUUUGGAUCUGGAGGAGGACAACUAG